GCCAUUUCCCCGUAACCACCUAAUACUUUCUGGAUGAAAUUAGGAACUCUGCCCACUUUAAACCAAAGAAACCUGGCUCGGAAAUUCCAGCAGGGGGCGCAGCCUUCGGUAACGGGGCCAAGUUGCGUCUCUUUGCAAAGCGGUGAAAGCGCGAGGUGGAUGACCAAGCGUAAGACGUCAGGAAACUUGAGAUCGCUAACGGUUUCCUACCUCGACUCGGGCCGGGCUUCGGUUCAGGCUUCGCGCCUGCGUGUUCCCAACGAAUCCUGGAAGCCCAGUCGAGCAGACCUGCAAAGGGCAGUGAUGAAUGCUCCUGUCCUGGCCAAUCCCAUGAAAGGGUGGGCUUGGCUCGUAAACCAAUCAAAGUCCCCCGAAGGGGCGGAGUUUUCUUGGGCUUGGAUCCCGGCCUGAGGGGUAAAAAUAAAGUGUUUCCAUCUCCAGCCAAUCGCAGGGAAGGCAGGAGGGCACUCCUCCAAUGGGAGCCGGGGAGCCGUCGGUAGCAGUGGCGGCCUGUGACCCGGUUCGCACUCCAGCCGGCCAGAGGGACGCGGCUAGUGUAUACGGCAGGUCCUGCUGCCGACCCUUGGUGUCUGUUGGAGCGCGGCAGGGCGUCUAAGGCCGGAGGUGUCUGGUGAGAAGCCAGAAAGACAGGUGCGGGGCAGGUGGGAGAAGAGGCCGGGCCAGAGUGCAUGAGGGGUGGGGCCUGGGCGAGCUUUUACCCGGACGGCCUCUCAACCGUAGGUCAGCGGGUUGCAGAGAAUUCAUUCGGGUAGGAAAGGGUGGGCGAGUGCUCCCGCGGCCCCCAGACGGCAACCAGGUGAUCCUGCCCACGUUCUGUGAUCCACUCUCCUGCAAAGACUCUGCCUUUCAACCCCACCUGAGCCGCCUGCUCCAAUGGUUGUUCCGGCUUUGGCCACUGAGGGCUCUUUGAGAUUGGCCAGUGUGUACCUUUGACAUGCCUCCAUCGUUUGUUUUUGAGCACUUCCUUACCUUCUGCCAUGCCAAGAUGUUCGAGACUCAUCUUGCAUCUUCUGGCCUCAAUCCUAGCAUCAGCCAUUUCUCCCAGGAGCUCCUGUUUCUAUUAAGUUGUCUGUUCUUGUGUGUUUUCUAUGUUAACAACCAUAUCAGUGUCAACAUGACAUUUUGGUUUUUUCCUUUCCAACCUUUAUGUGUCUAAUUUAUUUUUUAUCAUCUUACUUUGAUGUUUAGGACAAUGUUGAUUUGAUAAGUGAUAGUGAGCAUCUCUAUCUUAUUGUGUAUUUUAGAGGAAACAUGACUAAGUUUUCCUUAUUAAGAAUGAUAUUUGCUGUAGGUUUUUAUGGGUUCUAUCAGGUUAAGCAAGUUUCAUGCUAUUCCUGUAUGUUACAAAGUUUCUGGUUUUUUAAAAUCAUGAAAGAGUAUCUGAUUUUUUAAUAAAAUGUCUUUUCCAUUUCUCAGUAUGAUAGUUUGUUUUCACCAAUCAUCUGAUAAUGUGGUAAAUGGCAUUUGUAGACCUUCCUCAUGUUGGACUACCUUUGCAUUUCUCAUACAAAUACAUCUUGGUCAUGGUCUUUUCCUUUUUUAUACGGUACUAGAUUUGGCUUUCUAACACUUUGCUUAGGAUUUUGACAUCUGUGUCUAUGAGUAACAUUGGUGUUUAAUUUUCCUUCCUCAUACUGUCCUUACUUACUUCAGACAUUAAAGUUUUGUUGGUCUCAUGGAAUGAGUAAGAGACUGUUUCCUCUUUUAUAAUAUUCUGAAAGAUGCUGUAUGACUUUGGAAAAUAUCUCUUUGGUAGAAUUCCCCCAUGGGACCAUCUUAGUCUAAUGUUUUCCUUUUAAAUGUUGAGAUAACAUUAAACUUUGAUAUAAAAAUCUUUUCAAAAUUUCAAAUGAACAAUUUGAAAUUUGCUUUCAUAACAUGUUUAUUUUAUAUCCUGUACUUGAAAUGGCUACACACAAAUCCUAACCAAGACCUUUCAAUGAUGUGUUCCUCAAAUUCUUAACAGUCAGCAUCAUCAACAACAAAAUUUUUCUUUGUACAAGUAGAUGAUAAAGUUUUGAAACCCAUUUUUAAAUUGUUCAAAAAUGUUUAACAAUUGAACUUAUACCUACAGCUUUUCUGCUUGUUUCACUGACAAAUAUACUGGUAAAAUUUUUUAUGAUAAUGUGAGUAGAUUUCAAAUCCAGUUGAAGUCUUUCAUAUUAAAUAUUUCAAAAUAAUGAUGAAGCUCUUGUUUGCAGAACAUGCAUCAUUAUUAGAACCAUCACCCUGCAGCUAGCUUGGACACCAUUAAAAGGAUAUUCGUGAAGACAGAGUGUCAGGGCAUCUACCUGGAGCUACACCCUCCAGAAGCCCCUGCUUGGCCUCCCUGCCUCCAGUCCCAUCCCAACCAAUCACAACUUGGGCUGUGCCUGGUGUUUCUUGGAAACUGGAACGCAGACUCCUCCUGCAGCUCCACGGGCCCCUUGUCCUCAGUGAGCAGAAGACUAAAGAAGCUGGCUACUGAAGAGGCUGUCCAAGUGAUAGAGCACCUCCUUGGCCUUGCUUAGUACAUUUACCACAGAGCAGUAGCUGAGUACUGGAUGUUACUCAUUCAUGCUUACCACCUUCAGAGGGAUUUCUCACACCCCACUUCACUAAGGGCUACCCUCUAAGGCUCUUCAGAGGAGGCUUUCCAUAGAGAGGUGGCCUACCUACAGUCUGCACUGCCUCAGGUCAUACCUGAACACCUAUAGAGCUAAGGGAAUCGAUAUAUCUUUACCUACCUGUAAUCCACAGAACAACUGGAAAACUUUGCGUUCUGUUUUUGUUUGUUCUUUUGGUGGGAAGAAUUUUAACUACUGCUUCAGUUACUUUAGUAGUAUAGAAUUACUGAGGAUUUCUUUUUCUUCUUGAGUCAGUUUUGGUAAGAUUUAUUUUCCUAAGAAUUAGUUCAUUUUUGUUUACAUUUGCAAAUUCAUUGGUCUAAAAUUCCCUUUUUUUAAAUUCUCUGCUGUAUAUAAUCUGUAGCUAUGUCUCCCUUUUCAUUGCUAAUAUUGGUUAUUUGUGCCUUUUCACUUUUUUUCUUGAUCAAUCUCACCAGAGGUUUGUCUAUUUUAUUAGUCUUUUCAAAGAACCAACUUUUGGCUUUGUUGCUUCUGUCUAUUGUGUCUUUGUUUUCUAUCUCUUUAAUUUCUGCUCUUAUCUUUUUUGAUCUCCUUCCUUCCACUUUUUUUGGGUUUAUUCUCUUGUUCUUUUUCUAAUUUCUUAAAGUGGACAUUGAGCUCAUUAAUUUUAGUCUUUCUUGUUUUCUAAUUUGUGCAUUUAAGGGUCUAAAUUUUCCUUUAAUGACUGCUUUUCCACAAGUUCAGAUAUGUAGUUAUUUUCAUUAUUGUUUAGUUCCAAGAACUUAACAUUUCCAUCAAGGUUACUUAUUUGACCCAUGAGUUAAAAUAGAAGUAUGAUUUUAAGUUUCCAAAUGUUUGGGGACUUUAAAUUGUAUCUCUUUGUUAUUGAAGUCUACUCUAAUUGUAUUAUAGUCAGAGGAUAUGAUCUCUGUGAUAACAAUUCUUUGAAAUUAAUUGAGACCUGUUUUAUGAUUUAGUACAUGAUCAAUAUUUUUGAAUGUUUCCUAUAUGCUUUAUAAGAAUGUGUGUUCCCUAAUUGUUGAAUACAGAGUUCUACAUGUCUCUUAUCAAGUUUGUUAAUUGUGUCACUCAAAUUUUCUUUAUACUGAUUUUUUUGGUCAUGAUCUACCAAUAAUUGAAUGAAGUGUGUUAAUAUUUAACUGUGAUGGUGGAUUUGUCAAUUUCUGCUUGUAUUUCUCUAUCUUUUUUGUUUUAUAUAUUUUGAGGGUAUUUUAUUAGGAAUAUUCAAUUUAAGAUUUGUUGUAUAUUCCUGGUAAAUAUGUAAUGGCCCUCUCUAUUUCUGAUAAUGCAUUUUUCCUUGAAGUCUAUUUUAUCUUGUAUUAAUGUAGCAACACACACCUUUCUGCUUGUUAGGAUUUGUGUGGUAUAUAAUUUUCCAUCCUUUUACUUUUGAGUAUUUGCAUGCCCUUAUGCUUUAAUUAUAUCUCUUGGAAACAGCAUAUAGCUGUUCUCUCUUUUAAUUGGUAAGUUUAGUCUGUUUACUUUAAUUGUGAUAUAUUUGGACUUGUUUAUACCAUCAUGCUUACCUCUUUCUACCCUUUCCAUGCUUCAGUUUCUCUUUUCUCACCUGCAUUUGUAGUUUUGAAAUUUGUUUUAUAAUUCAUUUUUCCCCUGCCUAUUGUUUGGAUUUCUUUUUCUAAUUUUUUCUUCAGUUGUCUUUGAAAUUUUAUCAUAUAUGUUUAACUUAUAAAAUCUAAAGUUAAACAGUGUUUUCACCACCACCACCCCCCCUUGAACAAUGCAAGAAACUUAGAAAACUUCAAUUCUAGUCAUUCCUGUCCUGACCCCAUGCUGUUAUUUUCAGAUAUUUUAGUUUGCUACUCUUUGUUCCUAGCCUUGCAAUUAUACAUCAUCAUCAUCAGUAUUAUUUUGUAUAGACAAUGUUUGGAUUUACUUACAUACAUUCUUACAUCUCAGACUAUUCUUCUGGGAUCAUUUUCAUUCAUUCUGAGUACAGUGUUUAAAUGUUCUUUUAGUACAGGUCUUUUGGUGUUAAGUUUUCCCAGUCUUUGUUAUAUAUAAAUGUCUUUAUUUUAUCCUUGUUCUUACAAUGUAAUUUUUUACAGAUAUGUUCCCAUUCUAUUUUGCCUUUGAGAAGUCUGCCAUCCAUCUAAUUUCUAGGUUUUUUGUGCAUAGAUUGUUCAUUUUUUUGAGUGAGGUGUGCAGGGGAUCCUGCAGUUUCAUUCUAACAUGUUUAGGCAUUUAUUUCUUUUUUUCUUUAUUCUACUUUGGAAAUGUGCUUUCAUAGCUCAUUGGAUUCAUGUUUUUUAUAAUUUCUAGAAAAUUCUCAACUAUUAUCUCUUCAGAUAUUGCCUGUUUUUCCUCCUUUCUUUCUUUCUCUCUCUCUUUCUCUCUCUUUCUCUCUCUCUUUCUCUCUCUUUCUCUCUUUCUAUCUAUCUAUCUAUCUAUCUAUCUAUCUAUCUUUUUCAGAAUCCAGUUAUUCACAUUUUAGACCUCCUCAUUCUGUCUUCUACUUCUCAUAACACCUCUGAUAUUUUCUAUAUCUCCUUGUCUGCCUGUACUUCAUUCUGGGCAAUUUCUUCAGAUAUAUCUUUCAGCUUACUGAGUUUCUCUUCAGCCUUGUCUAUUCUGAUGUUUAAUGUAUCCAUUAAGUUUUCAUUUCAAAAAUUGCAUUUUUCAUUUGUGCAGAUUUCAUAUAUUUUACUUUCUAAUCUUCCUAGCCAUUCCUAAUUGUUUCUUGUUGGUUGCUCCUCUUUGUAAUUACAUCUGCCACUUCUUUAAGCAGUUCAUACCCUUUUUGUUCAACUGGUAGUCACCAUUUGCAUGAGGAUGACACUGUAAAUAGUAUUCACAUCAAAACUGCAUAGAAUACAGUGAUUACAUAUCCUUUGUUAUACACAUUUCUGUUUUCUUUUUGCUUAGUCUUCUAGUACCUGUUACUUCUUCUCUGAAAUUCUUUUAAAAAUCCAAAUCACAUCAUGUCCCUUGUCUGCUCAAAUUCUCCCAUGCAACUCCCUCGGAACAAAAGCCAAAUCCCUCACCAUGGCCAAAGAGUCCCUGCACAGUCUGAUUCCCUUCACCUCUCUACUAUCGGCUCCUGUCAUGUUCCUCAUCACUUACUCCUCCAGCCACGCUGGCCUCCUCACUGUUUCUCAAGCAUGCUGGGUACCCUCCUUCUUCAGGGCCUUUGUACUUGCUCUUGUCAAUGCCUGGAACACCCAUCCUUCCAGAUAAUCUGUUGACUUUCCCAAGUACUUCCAAUACGCUCAAACGGCACCUUCCUAGAGAAGUGUUUCCUGAUCCGCAUAUCUAAAAUAACCCCUUUCACCUGCAUUUUCUACUUCCGUAUCUUACUGUACAUGUUCUAUUUUUCUACAAAGCACUGAUUACCACUUGAUGCAUUUUAUAUAUUUUUUUAUUGUGGUUAGUGUUUCUCUCUCCCUAAUAGUCUGUAAGCUCCACAAAGCAGGAACUUCUGUUUUGUUCACUUCUGUAUCUCCAGUACCAAGAAAAACAGUGCAUAGUAAUAUUUAGUAGACACUCAAUAAAUAUUUGUGGAAUCAAAAAAUGAAUGAAUGACUUAAUUAACAUGGAGGAUAGAGACAGAAAUGCCUUGGGAAGCAGGGGAGACACGAAGGCCUGUAACACUGUGCGAGGGCAUUGUUCAGAAGGGUGGGGGGUGUGCAGAAGCAGUGAGGAUAGCUCCUGAGUUCUUUUGGGAAGCAGUUGGUGGUGACAAAGGCACAUAUUCUCUGUGACUGACUCCACACCUUCGAUCUCUGGAAGGCAGGCCUGCUUCUUUUUCAAACAGCUCUCAAACUGUUGUGUUGUCAUGCCUGCCUGUCACCUAGUAAAGAACAAAGCCCGACUCUCACUGGGAUCCGGCUAGCAUCCCCUUUUCUUUUGUCCUGUAAGAGACUGUUUCUUCAUUCCCCAGGCCAAGCGGAUCACUCUCAUUAGACUUUAUUCUGUGGUCCCAGUGGGGAUGGAACAGUGCAGAAGCGGGUACAGCGUCUGGCACAUGAUAAGCAUUAUUAUAAUGGUGGAUACCACAAGAAGGUGAUUCACCCGUUUUGAGUUGAUGGCAUCUGGUAUGAGGUAGGGAUCCAACUUCAGUCUUUUGCAUGUGAAAAUCCAGUUGUCCCAACACUAUCUAUUGAAGAUACUAUUCUCUCCUCUAUCAAAAGGACCUGGCACUCUUGGCGAAAAUCAAUUGUCCAUGUGAUUUUGUUGUUCGUUUUCCAGAUUGUCUAGGCUACUCACAGUCCCUUGAAAUGCUAUGUGAAUUUGAGGACCAGUUUUCCAUCUCUGCCAAAAGGCUGUUCAAAUUUCCACAGGCACUGCAUUGAAUCUGUUGAUUGUUCUGGCUACUACUAAUAUCUUAAUAAUACUAAAUUUUCCAAUCCACAGAUGUGGGAUGCCUUUCCAUUUCUUUAGGUCUCCCUUAAAUUCUUUCAGCAAUGCUUUAUAAUUUGAGUGUACAAAUCUUGGGAGUGGGGUUGUGGUGCAGCUGGUUAAGCUGCUGCCUGCCACGUGGGUAUCCCAUAUGAUCCCAGCUGCUCUGCUUCCUGUCCAGCUGCCAGGUAAUAUGCCAGUGAAAGCAGUGGCAGACAGACUAGGCUGGAUCAGAAGCAGAGCGGUUGGGACUUGAUAUGGAUUUGGAUAUGGGACACUGACAUCUCAGGCAGUGGCUGAACACACUGCAUCAGAAUGCUGGCUCCUGGGUCCGGCUCCUCUAAUGGACAUCAGAGCCACAGCAAGUCAUUCAGCUGGUGUGACGUGUGCAGAUCCGCAAGUGCUAAGGAAGCAUCAUUUCCAGAAAGUCCUACUUGUUAUAUGGCAAAAAAAAAAAAAAAAAAAAAGGAGGGAAAGAAAGAAAGAAAGGAAAAAUAAAAAUCUUAUAGUGUGAUAAGCGUAGAGUCCCAGCCUCUCCCUCAGAUCAUGGACUAGAAGCCAUCGAAAUAAGGGGAGAGCCUGUUUGAGGAAGAACCUUGUUACAUUUCUCACGAGUGCGUGUGCUGGGUCGCUCCUACCCUGCUUUCCCCACAGGGACCUGCAGCCCGGGCAGUUGUGCUCUGGGGACAGGCAGAGUCACAGCUUUUGGAAUACACUGGAUAUUGCUUUGGAGUUAAUGUGACUCCUUGGUAACCCAGACUGUCUCUAUGGUCCACCAGGCAGAAUGGGAUCAGAUCACACAUGACGUUGCUUUCUUUUUUAAAAAUAAUGAUCAGAUUAUCUCUCAAGCUGAUUAUUGACAUUUAUUUUUAAAGAUUCAUUCAUUCAUUCAUUCAUUUAUUUGAAAGGCAGAGUUACAGAGAGGCCGGGGGGGAGGGAGAAUUUUCCUUCCACUGUUUCACUCUCCAAGUGGCCGAAACCAACAGAUCCGGAGCCAGGAGCCAGGAGUACCUGGCUCCUGGUUUCGGAUUGGCACAGCACACCGACUGUAGUGGCCAUUUGGGGGGUGAACCAACAGAAGGAAGACCUUUUUCUCUGUCUCUCUCUUUCUCUCUCUCUCUCUCACUGUCUAACUCUGCCUGCCAAAAAAAAAAAAAAGAAAGAAAGAAAGAAA